UGUUCAGGUAGAUAAGAAGGUGGUUUUAUGAGCAUGAGCUUCAUUUUAAAAAUAAAGCAUGAUCUUUCAGUGACUCACAUAAAGAACAAAUUACCAUUGAAGAAACAUCUCUCAAACCGGACCACCACUGACUAUUAUUAUGGACCUGGAACAACACCUUCAGAAGCUGGAGUGCCACUUCAACUGGGAUCUGGGAUGCAAUAAAAAUGAACUCAAGACUCUACUGAGGAACUUGGAAGAUGUGAACCAGGAAAGAUGCACUUGGCUGCUUCACUAUUAUAACCUGCUGGGCUACAUCCAACAUGCUCUCGGCUCCGACACAGAGGCGCUGAUGAACCUGCACAAGGCAGGACGUGUGAUGCAGGAGAGAAGAUCAGAAGAAGCUGGAGUCCUGCUGCAGGUCAACAAGGGUAACCUGGCUUGGGUCUACUUCCUUAUGGGAGAGAUGGAUGAGAGCAAAAGAUACCUAGAAGAGGUUGAGAAGCUUCAGCAAAUGUAUCCUGCUCCAACUGGAUGUGCUCUACACCCUGAAGUCAGCGGAGAAAAGGGCUGGACGCUGAUGAAGUUCAACAAGUCCAUGAAGCGUAAAGCGAUUGAUUAUUUUAAGAUGGCUUUAAAAGCUGAACCAGAAAGGAAGGAAUGGCACAGUGGUCUUGCUAUAGCCAUGGGCAAAACAUGUUCAAUGUAUAAUUGCUCUCCUAAACUUAAGGCUGAGAUUCUGAAGCAGCUGAAAAUUGCACACGAGAACAAUCCAAACAAUUUGUUCAUUCAUGCAUUUUAUUUAGAAAUACAGUCUGAGGUGCAACAAAAAGACAAUGAGAGACAGAUGGAAGAUUUACUAGAGCAAAGUCUUGAAACUGGAGACCUGGAGUGUUUGGGUACUAUUCUCGCGUAUUUUAGAAACAUUUCUGCAGAUAAAGCUAUUGAAGCAGCAGAGAGAGUUCACGAAACGUUCUCCAACUCAAAGAAGGUGUUAAAACAUCGGGCAAAUUGCUACAAAUGGAAGGUUUAUAAAAUGAAAGAAGAUGACAUGGAAAGGAGGACAUUGGCUAGGGAUUCUGUUGAGCUGUUUAAGGAGGUUAUCAGGUAUUAUCCUGACUCACUCCGGGAAAAGAUAGCACUUGCAUCUAUGUACGAAUACACAGGCAACAGUGAGAAAGCAAAUGAUAUUUACGAGCAUCUCCUAAAGAUGAAAGAUGAUCUCCCUCCCCACAGCCAACAGUAUAUUUACUAUAGUUAUGCCUGCCAUCUACACAGCUGCAGACGGUCAGAAGAGUCAAUCAACUUUCACAUGAAAGUGGCAGAAAUCCCAGGUAAUUCAGUUGACAAAGAGAAGAGCAUUAAGAUUCUUAAAAAAUAUGGGAAGAAUGGCAGAAAUCCUCGCUGUGAGGAAAUUUGGAAUUUUCUGGAAAGAAUUAAUAUUGAUGAUUAAAAUGUGCUUGAAUGCAGCAACCCUCGAAAAUCACUAGAUUAUGUUCUCUCUGUUUUACCUGCCUGAUAAACUAUAAUGGAGAAAUUGUGCUGAACUUCUUAUAAAAAACGGAUUUAAUAUUUGUGUCUUUUUAACGGCAUUGUGUAAAGGAAUGAAGCCAUUUAGGCAUUCGGCACCAUAUUUUAAAGACCACUUUACCAUUAUUCACCAAUAUUAAGGACAAUAUAAAAAAAAUAUGAAUGUCUUUUCUCUGUAUAAUUAAUGUUCAGAAUGACAAGUGGACAUUUAUCAAAUCUUUAUUCAAGGACAUCUCCUGAACAAUCACUUGUUGAAUAGAACUUGUUAAGAAAAAAUACAUAAUAAAUCUUUAUUGCUUUUAAUGA